UAUCUACAUAAAAACACUAUCUAGAAAGCCUUGAGAUGCAGCUCCCUACCCAGACCUUCACAACGCACCGCUUGGUGACGCUACCCUCGAAAGAUGAACUCUGCAAAGCCUUCGUCGGACAACCGCUCUCAUCCUUGCGAUCUCCCGCAGCCAUCAUCGACCGCUCCAUAUUCAAGGCAAACUGUCAAGCCAUGGCGAAAAAGGUCAAGGAUAACGGUCUCAGAUUCAGGGCUCACGUGAAGACCCACAAGACAGUCGAAGGCAUAGCUCUCCAGGUCGAGGCGGGAGGAAAGGUGGACAAGGCCGUGGUCUGCUCGACGAUGACGGAAUGCUGGCAGAUCGCCGAGAGUCGACUGGUCAAGGAAGGCCUAGUCAACGAUAUCCUCUAUGGCAUGCCGAUUGCUCUAGACAAGCUCGAAGAUGCGAAAUCUCUGGCCAACUACCUUCGGCCUCACAAUGCUCAAUUCCGACUCAUGGUAGACUCUUUCACGCAAAUUCAAGCCUUGGGGCAGUACGCACAGAAAUCAAGCCAACCUGUAGGUCAGACGCCUUGGUCGGUCAUGAUCAAGCUCGAUGGCGGGUACCACCGAGCGGGUCUGACCGUCAACAGCGACGAGUUGAAGCAAGCCAUUCGACUCUGCUUGGAUUCGCCGUACGUCGAGCUGUUUGGAUUCUAUGCUCACUUUGGGCACUCUUACAAUGCUCGAUCUGAAGACGACGCUCAUACUUAUCUACAGGGAGAAGUGGAGGCAAUCAACGGGGCCGCAAAGAUGGCUCUCGAAAUGGACAGCAGGAGUUCUGGACCCGACGACCCAUACGUACUAUCUUUCGGGGCUACACCGACUGCUCAUGUCUCCAACACCCUCGUCAAGGACAAGGUGUAUGGCGAGCUAGAACUACUCACACCAACUGAUCGCUAUUUUCGAUUACCUAGACACGCUGGAAACUAUUGCUGCUUGGACCUGCAGCAAGUCGCUACCAACCUGACAAGUAUAGAAAAUGUCGCCGUCUCGGUCCUCUCCAGGGUCAUCUCGGCUUAUCCGCAUCGAAACGAAGCUCUAUGCGACGCGGGAGGGAUCGCCAUGAGCAAAGACACGGGUCCAUACCCUGGCUUCGGGAAGAUCGUUUCACCCAAGGAAAUGUCCGAGCGGGAGCUCGGCCGAGUCUCGCAGGAGCAUGGAAUAUUGGUUCAAAAGCAGGGUGCAGCCAAGAUUGCUCUUCCGGAACCAGGCCAAAUCAUCCGGAUUUGCGGCCAACACGCUUGCAUGAUUCUCUCGAAUCAUCCUUGGUAUUACAUCGUCGAGGACGGUGGUGACAAGGUCGUGGACGUCUGGGUACCAUGGAAGGGUUGGUAG